AUUUUGAGUGCUUUUUGUAUCUUUUUGUCUGUUAUUUGUCUAAUAUAAAAAGUAAGAUCCCUCACUUGUACAAAACUUGAGUCCAAAACAAAAUAAUAUUUAUCGAAAUACGAGGAACAAUUAACUUGAUCUAUUGAAAAUUAUCUCAGAAAUGUCAUUAGCGAAAACAGAAAAUGUGGCAUCUGUCAAUAAUGUAGAGAACAAUACUCACAAAAAAUAUGGAGCACCUAACAAAAUUGUACUUUCAAAAUAUGCUGCUGGUAAUAUUUCUGAAUAUCCCAUUGAAUUUACCAAAGAUUCAAAAUAUUUCUUUUCCUCCACUGGCUCUUGUGUGAAAAUUUUCAGUACAGCUACUGGUGCAAUUGUUAAAUCAUUGUCACAAUCACCUGCUUUAGGUGGUCAUAGCAAAAAGAUUACUCGUGUUAUUUUGAAUCCAAAGAAUCAUCUUCAACUUUAUACUGCUAGUCUUGAUGGCACUAUUAAAUUAUGGGAUUAUAAUGAUGAUAUUUUGUUAAAAACUUAUAAUGUGAAUGCACCAAUUCAAUGUAUGGUUAUGUCUCCUGAGGCUCCCGGUCAUGCCUAUAUUGUUGUUAAAUCUGGUGAUGGAAAAGACAAAUUAGCAGAUAAUUCUAUUGUGUAUCGUUUUUCAUUUGGAAGCUCAGAUGAACCUACCCAAAUGCGUCGUAUUUGUUCACUAAGAGAUUGUAAUACAAUUGAUAUUACCAACGAUGGUAAAUGGCUUGCAUUUGGUGCUAGAUAUAAAGUUUAUGUAUGGGAAAUCAACCAAGAUACAGAAGAUGUUCCCGAAACACAACUCAAAGAACACAUCUUUGCGGAAUCUAUUACAGUGCUCAAAUUUCACCCUUUUAAACCUAUAUUAGCAGUUGGUGAUCGAUCUGGUCAAAUUACACUUAUAACUAACUAUAUUUCAAAUGAUAAAAAAGAUUAUAUUCGUUCUAUUCUUCACUGGCAUCAUCUUUAUGUACGCAGUCUUAUAUUUAUGGCUGAUGGUUCAUACUUGUUGUCUGGUGGUGGUGAAUCUGUUAUGGUUAUUUGGCAAUUAGAUACAGGACAUAAGCAAUUUUUACCUAGAUUGGGUGGUGCUAUUGAUUCUAUUACAAUUUCUCCUAAUCAUAGAUUUUAUUGUGUUGGAUUAGAGGAUAACUCAAUUCGAUUAAUUAAUAGUAUUACUCAGAAUAUUGAGCAAGUUAUUCAAGGCCUUCAAUAUGCUCAUGCUGAUAAUGCAUCGAAUCCUCUUUCUACGGGUCUUAUUGUUGAACCUCGUAAUCAUCAUGUCGUUUUAAAUGGUGUUCAAGGCAGUAUUCAAUUCUAUGAUGCUAUUUCUGAUAGCCAUGUAAUGAACUUGGAAGUUAUGCCUGUCAAUCGUAUUGUACGUUCUGGCGAAAGAGAUGUCAUUCAUGGGCAUGUUGCUCAUGUAGCAUUUUUGCGUAGUGGAGAAUGGAUGGCUACUGUUGAUAUGCGUGAUGAUAAGGUUACAACUCCUGAACUCUUCUUAAAGUUCUGGCGUUGGGAUCCUGAUACCCAGGCUUAUAAGCUUCACACUCGUGUUGAUUACCCACAUACAAAGCCUAUCACAUCCGUCACUUUUAAUCCAAUAUCUCGUCAUGGCCCUAUGGCUAUUACAACAUCAGAGGAUAAAACAUUUAAAGUGUGGAAUUUGAGUACGGGAGCUGGUCGUAACUCGCAAGUUGGUGCUGAUGCCGCUUGGAUUUGCCGUUCAGUUGGUGUUUAUCGUGAUGUUGCUCCAACUGUUGCCGCAUUCUCUGAGGAUGGUAGUAUUUUAGCUGUUGCCUUUGAACAAGCUAUUACUUUGUGGGAUCCCUAUUUAAAUUCUAUCCAAGCUGUAUUUGCACAACCUAAUCCUGAAGAUGUUACAUUUCUAAGCUUCUUGGGUGAUAAUUCGCCAUUUUUAGUUGCUAAAACAAUGUCUCAUUUAUAUGUUUGGAACAUUUUAACUUGUAAGGUUUGGUGGAGUUAUAAAAUUUUAGUGGAUCAUCUUGCUAUCGAUAAAGUAUCAAAUCGAAUUGCUAUUGCUUGCAAUCAUAUUGCUUGUAAUCAGACACGUAUUAUUGUUUUUGAUGCAAAAUCUCCUAAGCCUAUUGCAUUACAACAUGUGGAUUAUAAAUGUCUUUCUAUGGCAUGGCUUCCUAAAGAGCAAAAUGAAAACAAAACAUUAUCAAGUGCAUUAAUUUGUCUUAAUCAUAAAUAUGAAAUUGCUAUUCAUACAAUCAAACCGAGAACAACUGUCGAAAGGGCGGUAAAUAGCCAAACAGAAACUGAAAAGGAGGAUGCAAAUACAUUAUCUAUGAUAAAUAAUGAUAGGUCUGAAUCAGGUUUAUUAGACGGUAUGUACGGUAAACGUGAAACUGAGCGUGAGAGUGAAGAAGAAACUCGUAUUCGUCUCAAGACAGCACAAGCAUUACGUGAGGAGGCCAUGUCAGCAAAUAGAAAGGACAGAGCAUCGAAACGUAGAGAAGAAGGAGACAUGGCUGGCAUGUCUGCACCAAGUCAUGUACUUCCCAAUGUAGAGUCAUUAUUUGACUCAUUCAUGUCUUCUCUUAUGACUCUUCGUAUUGAUGCAUUACAACAAGAAGACACUACAUUAGAAGUGAUGGAUAUAGAUACAAAAGUAUUGGAUGAUCAAUCUACCAUUGAAGACAACUCCUUAUUAAAUGAUGAUAUCACUAAAUCUGCCAAAGAUGAUUUCCCUUCAUUAAGUAGUUACUUUACUCAAGAACUUGAUAAAGCCCCUGUGCAAAAGAAACCAAUUGUACAACAACAAGAUUCUUCGUCUGAUUCUGAUUCUGACGAAGAAGAUCCCUCUAAUAUUGAAUGGUAAAAAAAAAUACGUACUUUACAUAUAGAAUCUCUAGAUUUUUUUUUAAUUAAACAAAG